CUUUAUCUGGGAAGAUAUUAUGAACAAUUAUUACAAUCUAUGUUAACCUGUACCAACCUAGCAACAGACUGAUCCAAGUGCAAACACAAAUAACACCGGGAGCCUCUUUGAAUAUCGUACGCGAGGAAUAAGCAAAUAUCGAACAAGAUGACAACUGUUCGUCGAGCCCUGACAGGUGGGGCAAGAGAGAGGCAGCUCGAAAACAUGAGGAGGCAGGAAGAUUAUCGGGAGGACACAAUUCGUCGGCUGCACGAGGAGAAAAGAUUAGAAGCCAAUAUGAGUAAUGAAGAAAGGAUAUCAGAGAAACGAUUUAUAAGGCGUACAAUGAUGGAACAAAAAGAAAGAGAAAUGGAAGAAGCAAUAUUAAAGGCACAGAGGGACCGUUUGAUCCGAGAGGAACAGAUGUUACAGGAGGAGAGACUGGCUGCAGAGCUAGAGAAGAGGAAACUAGAUUCCAUCAGGGACGAGAAGAUGAGACAGCAAAUCAGGGAAACCAGUUUAGAGUUGAGAGAAUUAGAAGCUAAGCUACGAUCUGCGUACAUGAACAAAGAAAGGACUGCCCAGAUAGCAGAGAAAGAGGCCAUUAAAUUUGAUGUCAUGAAACGUGACUCUGAGAUAGCUCGCGAGAUGAAGAUUGAGCACGAGCGAGCAGAGGAGGCAGCUCGGCAGCGCGAGGUGGAGAAGUACCGGGAACAGAUCCGGUACCAACAGGAGCUGGAGAGACAGCUGGAGGAGCGCGAGGAGCAGAAACAGCAGGCCUACGAGGAGUUCCUGAAGGAGAAGCUGAUGAUCGACGAGAUCGUCCGCAAGAUCUACGAGGAGGACCAGAGAGAGAGGGAGCUGACGAUGGCCAAGAAGAAGGCAACCCAGAAGUACAUCUCGGAGUUCAAGGAGGCGCGCGAGGAAUGGAAGGUCUUGGAACGCGAGAGGAUGGAGGAGGAGAACCGCAAAAUCCUACAGUUCUCCCGGCUCCAGGAACAGCGGGAAAACGCGCGCAUGGAGAGCAAGAAACAAAAGGAGGAGGCCAUGGCCCGCGUACAGAACGCUCUGGCAGAAGACAUCGCAGCUAAGGACGCCGCCCGAGAGGAGAUGGAGAGAAUCCGCAUGGAGCUGUAUCUGGAGGAGCAAGAGGAGAAAGAAAGACAGAAAGAAAGGGAUGACAUGGAGAGGAGGAUCAGACAGAGGCUGGAGCUACAGAGUACACACGCCCAACAGAUGCACUUCAAGAAUCUCCGACGGAAGGCCGAGGAAGACGAGGAGGAGGAGUUCAGGCAACAGAUGAUGGCCAAAUUUGCGGAGGAUGACCGCAUCGAGCAGAUGAAUGCCAACAAGCGCCGCAUGAAGCAGCUUGAGCACAAGCGAGCAGUGGAGAAGCUCAUUGAUGACAGGAAGUCUCAGUUCGCCGCAGACCGCGAGCGGGAGCUUGAGGAGCGCCGUGAGGAGGAGAGGAUGGAGGCAUUCAGGAAACAGAUCAUUGAGGAGGAGAGACAGAAACUGCUCAGGGAGCACGCCAUGAGGCUGCUGGGAUAUCUACCCAAGGGAGUGAUCCGUGACUCGGGCGACCUAAACAUGCUGGGGUCAGAGUUCAAGGACGCAUACAGUAAGCGUCAGAUUGACCCGUUCGACGAGGAGGCGUGGGACCAGCGUCGGUAGGAAACCGACCAAUCAAAAUUAGGCAUCUGUGAUAAUGAAAUUCUACAAAAUGAACUAAUAUUCCGUUCCAUCAUUGGAUAGCUGUACAUUGUUUCUGGAAUACAUGUAUGUUAUUGGGUGAUGUUAAUGGCAGAACAUGUAUGGUAAUGAACUAUUUUAAUGGAUUGUCAAUUUGUGUAAAUAAUGGUCGGCAGUGGACAAAAGCCAUUACUUUCUCAUGAAUUCUUUUUUCUCAGUGUAAGUGUGUGUGUGUGUGUGAAUGAGAGAGAAAAGAGUGUGUGAUUGUUUAGGAAGACAGGAAUGUUGGCAUAUCUGAUAACCGUCAAGGAGUCUUUUUUUAAACAGUACCUGUAUUCUCCUUUGCUGCAUUUUGUUUGGUAUUGUAACUGGAUAAAGCUGAUUGACGUGGUAGUGAUAUUCUGGGUAUAUAAUACAUUGCGUUCUGUGAUGUCUGUUUCCUUACUCUGCUAUGCAGGUGAACUGACUAUAAAUCCCCAGUAUUAGUGUAUAUAUACUGAUAAUUGCUGCAGUGUAUGGAUGUUUAUAGAGAUGAUGCCUAUUUCUCUAUAAUCAAGUGCUAUUAGUGUCGCUAUAUUUUAUUUCUUAUCUUAAAAAUGUAAAAGAAGUUAAAUUAUUAAAAGACACUCUUUACAAGUAAGCCUGUCUGUUUUUCAGAUUGACAGAUGUUUGAACUUUUUAGACUCUCCAUGUUUUGAAGAGAGGAUUAAGAUAAAAAUGUUUGUCUCUUUCUGAAACCCAUGUUUGCGUAAAUCAUGCCAUUUAUACAAGAUAUUUAAUCUGUGACUUAAUAAAUAAGA